CGCCCAAGCUUCGCUUUCACAAGAUUGGGCUAGGCGGGCUGCCAGAAUGCUUAUCUCUCCGGGACACCAUGUGACGUGGGGGGAAUGACUUGCAUUUCUAAUAACAUAAGGCUACAGACUAUGAGUUCAAAACAGGGGCUUAUCUCAGUCGAACCAUCCGCCGGGCUUCAGGGUCUAGCUCUCCCCGAAAACCCCUCCCAUAGCAAGGGAUCCACAUCACCUUCCGACAGAAGGCGCAACCGGAAGGGGAGGGCCUCCCGCCCGGACGCGGGGCUCCCGCUAUCAUGGCUUCUCGUGGGGUCGUUGGCAUUUUCCUCUUCUCUGCUCUCCCCCUCUUGUGUCUAGAGCUCCGGCGUGGGAUCCCGGAUCUAGGAGUUAAAGAUCUAAUUUUGCUGUGUGGCCGGAUUUUCUUACUACUUGCUCUUCUUACUUUAAUUAUUUCUGUGACUACCUCAUGGCUUAAUUCAUUUAAAUCUUCCCAAGUGUACCUGAAAGAAGAAGAAGAGAAGAAUGAAAAAAGGCAAAAACUUGUCAGGAAAAAACAACAAGAGGCACAGGGUGAAAAGGUCAGCAGAUACAUAGAGAAUGUUCUAAAACCUCACCAGGAGAUGAAAUUGAGAAAACUGGAAGAGCGCUUUUAUCAGAUGACGGGUGAAACUUGGAAAUUAAGCAAUGGUCAUAAACUUGGGGGUGAUGAAGAAUUGGUGCUUGAAAAUGGGAGUCAGACAUCUUUUGAAACAUCAAACAGCAGAGAAGCAGCAAAGAGACGGAACUUGCCUAAGCCUCUAACCAAAAUUUCACCAUCUGCUGAACAGCCCACGCAGAAGGAGGUUCUUGAUCUACCUGAAGAACCUCCUGAAACAGCUGACGAAGUAGUUGCUGUUGCUCUCCGAUGUCCAAGUGGGAGGGUCCUGAGAAGAAGGUUUUUUAAGUCUUGCAGUUCACAGGUCUUAUUUCACUGGAUGAUGAAAAUCGGGUACCACAUAUCUCUAUACAGCCUUUCUACUUCCUUUCCCAGAAGACCUCUGGAAGUAGAGGAAGGCUGGUCCCUGCAGGACAUUGGAAUAACUAUGGAUACUGUACUCAAUGUGGAAGAAAAAGACCAGAGCAACUAAUUAAGAAAUGAGAAUGACCUGUUUUACAUAAAAUCAGUUAUGCCAUGAUCUUACAGGACAGUAAAGGUUUCACGUUAAAAUCAUGCCAUACCUUGAUUGAGCUCAAGGCAAUAAACACUUUAAUGUUGAUAUCCUCGGGAAUGUAUGGACACGAAGGAUUAGAAAAGGAUUGCUCUCUGCAUAUAAUAGUUUUUGGAAUGUGCCGUCCUAAUGUACCAUCUGAAAACUAGAUAAAAAUGUGUACAGUAAGGCACUCCAUGAUUUGUAUUUUUCCUAGCUGACAUCAUUUAUCACUGUGUUGAAAAACAAAAUCAUAUGACUUUGUUUCCUGCCUCUUCAGUCCACCUUGCCAUACUGAACAUUUCACAAUUCAGUCAAACUCUUUAAAAUCUAUUAGGUAGAAAUGUUUGUUCUGCUUUAUUUCUAGAAAUGAAACUUUAAAGACAUUUCAAAGGUC